AUGUCUGAAGAAGGAUAUAUUCGAAAAGCAACUCAUGCUGGAAGUUGGUACACUGAUGAAGCAGAAGAAUUGGAUCAAGAAAUGGAACAGUAUUUAGAAGAUGCUAAAUUUACCUUACCUAGUGAGGAUUCGAAGAUUCGUGCAAUAAUUGGCCCUCAUGCAGGAUUUAGAUGGUCUGGACCUACUGCUGCAUGGGCAUAUACACUCAUUAAAAACUCUUCCCAUAUCUCAUCCACUUUAAAUAAUCCAACUCAUGCUUUUAAGCGAAUCUUCUUGUUGGGUCCUGCUCACAAAACCAGAGUUGAUGGUGCUGCUCUAUCAAGAGCAACUGCUCUUGAGACUCCUCUCGGAGACCUUGAUGUUGAUCAAGAAAUCACUGAAACCCUAGCUUCUAAAGAGCCGUUUGUGUACUACAGCAAAGAAGCUGACGAAAAGGAGCAUUCACUUGAAAUGCAUAUGCCCUUUAUAAAAUAAAAUGUUUGAAGAGGACAUUAAGGUAGUUCCCAUUAUAGUCGGAUCAGUUUCCUUUGACAAGCACCAACAAAUUGCAGAAGCACUGGUAGACUAUUUCAAAGAUGAAGAUAACUUUUUCAUUAUUUCGUCUGACUUCUGUCAUUGGGGACUCAAGUUCAGGUAUAUGCCCUUUGACGAAGAAGAAUGUAACAACUCGGGACUUCAAGACCCUAAUAUAAAUGAUUACAUUGAGAUACUUGACAGGAAAGCUAUCAAAAUUAUCGAACAGCAAAGUGGAGAGGAGUUCCAAGAGUAUCUCAAAGAAACUAAGAAUACUAUUUGAGGAAGGAACCCCAUAACUGUUCUGUUAGAGAUUAUAAAAGCUUCAGGACUGAGCACUGAGACCAAGAACGUAAAGUAUGCUCAGUCAGGGAAGAUAGAGGGUAAAUUUUCUUCUUCCGUAUCUUAUGCGAGCUUUUAUACAAUAUUAACAUAA